AUGAACAGAAUGAACGUGAGUUUUUCAACUCCCGUGCAAAACUCAACGGCCAGUCGACUUGCGUUGAUUCAACAGGCCGCUGCCCGCAGUGGAGCUCUCCCGCCAGCCGGACAAUACCGUGGUAGCAAACUUUCGCCGUUUGAUGUCUCUCAGAUGUCGGGAGUCUCGAUUUCUAUGGUUGAACGCGCCAAAAUCAACGGACCAGAAUUCGUGGAGGAACUCGAAUGGCUCCGCCAACAGACAACAUCUCGCUGUUUUCUGGACGCUGAAAUGUGGACAAACGAGAUUUUGGCCCACCUACCUGAUAAAUGGUGUGCUCCGAACACGCUAAACCUCUACAAUCAAGUCAGCGAGCUUGUCCUCGAUAACACGCGUUCACCAAUGGCGUCACCCGCUUCGAAUAGCCUUUACGCACCCGGAGAAGAUCAAAUGCCGACUGUAAAACGGAAUCAUACGUCGAGAUUUGCUCAGUCGUUGAUCAAAAAUAAGGAGUUUAGAAGGGCGGCGUUUUUCUUGGAGAAAACGAUGAAUGGCAAUAAAUUGGAUCAUUUUUUACAUUUUAGAUGCUUAUUUUUGGCUUAUUAUCAGGAACAUCUUGAGAAUGACGCUGAAGGAAUCGAGAGAAAAACCAGUUUUGCUGAAGAGAGAUCUCCAUUUUCGUUGUUAUAUCAGCGCAUGGAAGACAAAAAGCUUCGAGAAAACGAAGAUGUGUGGUUUGAAUACCUAAUGGGACUUCUCGAAGUGGAACUUGGACUCAAAGAUUUGGCAGAAAAGAGUUUCCGAAAUGUUGUGAUCCGUGAGCCCCGAAUCUGGCCAGCAUGGGAAGCCUUGUCUCGAUUAAUUGCUGAUAUUGAAGAUGCCGACAAAUUCGUGACAUCUGCCGAAGUGAAGUCACUUUGGAUGGGUGACUGGUUCAUGACACUGGUACUUCAACGAUUCCAUCAGCAUUCGAUGGCAAUUCAAAAAGCCGAACAACUGGUGACACGUGGAAUGACGGGACUCCCGAUGAUUAUCACAAAAAUCGCCGCGUGCUCAAACGCCCGUCACGAUCAUGAUCAAGCGAUCUCGAAUUUUGAAGAUGUUCGGAAAGCUGAUCCUUAUCGACUUGGAGAUCUUCAUUUGUUGUCUGAUUCACUUUAUAUACGGAAUGAUCAAAAGAAGCUGUCAACGUUGGCUAUCGAAGUGUACAAAGUACACAAAUUCCGUUGGGAGACUUGUUGUAUUGUUGCCAACUACCACGCAAUCCGCCGUGACAGUGAGCAUGCGAUCAAGUUCUUCCAACGAGCUCUCCGUCUUAAUCCGGGUCUCGCCGCGCUUUGGGUACUCAUCGGACACGAAUUCAUGGAAAUGAAGAAUAAUGCGGCCGCCUGUGUUUCGUACAGAAGAGCUAUUGAAAUCGAUCCAGCAGAUCACCGUGGUUGGUACGGCCUCGGCCAAAUGUAUGAUAUCAUGAAAAUGCCAGCGUAUGCUCUAUUCUACUAUCAGGAAGCUCAAAAAUGCAAACCCCAUGAUUCUCGGCUUCUCGUGGCUCUCGGUGAUAUAUACUCGAAGCUUAAUCGCAUUGAAGACGCUGAAAAAUGUUUCACCGGAGCAUAUUUGUUUGGUGAUGUGGAAGGAAACGCUUUAUGGAGCCUGGCAAAACUUCAUGAACGAUAUUCGGAUGAUAAUAAGGCCGCACAAGCUUUUGAAGUUUUUUUGGUGGUUUAUGAGCUUGUCACGUCUGCUGAGGAGAAGAUUAUUUAUGCGAUCGCGUUUUUGGCGAAUCAUUUCUUCAAAAUUGAAGAUUUCGAUAAAGCCUCCGAAUAUGCAACAAAGUGUUUGGCUUUUGAAACGCUAUGUCAAGAAGGAAAUCGUCUGUUUCGUGAAAUUGCCAAAAUUCAAGCACGUGAAUCUCGAUUACCAGUGGAAGAAGCCCCGGGACCAUCGAAUGCAAGUGCUGCUGGCGGACAAGAAGCUAUGGAUACUGAAGAAGCUCCACAGGAAGGAGGCGAAGAGGAGAUGUCAGAGGGAGAGGAUGAUUUCUCGUUUUGAUAUGUUUGUGAUCUCGAUUUUUUCCGUAUUUUUUUGUACAUUUUCAAACACAAUUUUUUCUAUAAAUUUUAAUUAUUUAUGAAAAUC